CCUCCCCCUGUAAACAGGACUGCUCUGUGUGCAGGAAGUGUGGAUCUCUUUCUCUCACAUGUUGUGGUUCAGUCAUGAAGUCCAUCCCGGUCCUGCUGCUGCUCCCGGUCCUGUUUUCUGCGACUGAGGGAGUCCACAACCCGGACCUGAACCAGACCUCCUCAGAGGACCUGGACCUGACUGUGGUUCUGGAUCUGUCCUCGCUGGUCCGCCGGGUGGACCUGCGCUUUCUGUCCGUCACCGUCGAUGCGAGUCUGGCUUCAGAGGAGAAGUUCAUGUUCCUGCUGGGCUCCUCAAAGUUAAGGAUGCUGUCCCGAGCGCUGACUCCGUCCUUCCUGAGGUUUGGGGGGACGAGACAGGACUUCAUGGUGUUCACGCCUCAGAGGAGCCUUCAGCAGGACUCGGGUUCCUCUGCAGCAGCCCUGACCUGUGACAAACUGGAGCUGCCGCCAUGGCUGGAGGAGCGGCUGAAGAAGGAGUGGACUCAUCAACAAGUUCUCCUGAUGAGGGAAGACCUGAGGAGGAAGUACAGGAGAGUCAAGUUCACAGAGAACACCGUCGACAUGCUGCACUCCUUCACUAACUGCUCGGGGAUGGAUCUGAUCUUCGGGUUGAACGCUCUGCUCAGAACGGCUGACAACGUCUGGAACGGCAGCAACGCCGGCUCACUGCUGCAGUACUGCGAGUCCAGAGGGUACAGGAUGUCCUGGGAGCUGGGUAACGAGCCAAACAGCUACGAGAAGAAGGCCGGGAUCCGGGUGGACGGGUACCAGCUGGGUCAGGACUUCACUCGUCUCAGGGAGAUGAUGUCACAGUCCAAACUCUACCACGACGCCGGGCUGUUCGGGCCGGACGUGGGCCAGCCGAGGGACCGCAGGACGGACAUCCUGCAGGGGUUUCUGCAGAGUGGAGCUGAGGCGGUGGACGCUGUGACCUGGCACCAUUAUUAUGUAAACGGCAGGGACACGUCUCUGGAGGACUUCCUGGACCCUGAGGUUCUGGACACCCUGAUCUGGAAGACUAAUGAAGUCCUGGAGACGGUGAAGCUGGCGUCUCCUGAGAAGUCGGUGUGGCUCGGAGAGACCAGCUCGGCGUUCGGAGGAGGAGCUGUGGGACUGUCGGACACGUUUGUGGCAGGAUUCAUGUGGCUGGAUAAACUGGGCCUGGCAGCUAAACUGGGUCUGGAUGUCGUGAUGAGACAGGUGCUCGUUGGAUCAGGGACUUAUCACCUGGUGGAUGAAAACCUGGAUCCACUUCCUGACUACUGGCUGUCCGUCCUCUAUAAGAGACUCGUUGGACCCGAGGUUUUAAACAUCGAAGGACUUCAUAACUUCUCUCGCCGUAAGAGAGUGAGGCUGUACCUGCACUGCGCUCACAGACAGAGAUACAGGAGAGGAGCCGUCACACUGAUCUCCAUGAACCUGAGUCACAGAGCGGUCAGGGUCUCCCUUCCUGCUCGCCUCUCGUCCAGCACAGUGGAGGCGUUUGUUCUGCAGUCUGAGCAGCCGGGGGAGGAGGGGCUCUACUCCAGGUCGGUCACUCUGAACACAGAAGUUUUAAAGAUGGUGGACGAUCAGACUCUCCCUGAUUUGAAAGGAGCUCGUCUUCCUCCGUCUGAUCACCUGCAGCUUCCUGCGUACUCGCUGGCCUUCUUCGUCUUCAUAGACGCUGCGGCUUCAGCCUGUUUCUGACCUCUGACCUCCUCUAAACCUGGACAUGGACUCCUCAGGGUGACGUGUUUGUGCUGAAACCAGCAGGUAUCAGACUGAGCGAGGUGUGUCACAGGACUGAAAUGACCUCAUGAGUGACUGACCUGAUGCUGUGGACUGAUCAGGUGCUCUGUGUUUAAAUGACUGCAGUUUAUUUUUGAUAGAAUUAUUGAAUGCUGUGUUAAUAAAGUUUUUUCAAAUUGUGUGACACGCA